AUGGCCGACACUGAGACUGCAGCAAAGGGUCACAAGAGCCCCUCGUCUGCUGGUAGCCCUGCUCCGGCCGGCAAUCCUCAUGGCCCUAUUCUGGUUGCCGAGGACGAUAAUCUCACAGACGAUGCUGCCUCCGACAGAGCUCCUAGUUUAGCGUCUUCCACCGCGAGCUUGACCAGCUCUAUCCAAGAAAGCCGAAUGGAGAAUGGAAGAACAUACCAUAGAUACAUGGAAGGGAAAUAUCUGUUUCCCAAUGACGAAAGAGAGAAUGACAGAUUAGAUUUGCAACACAACUUGUAUCUUCUGACUCUGGACUACCGACUCGGCCUUGCUCCGCCCAAUGACGGGAAUUCUGGUGUUAAACGUGUGCUCGACGUCGGCACUGGUACUGGACUCUGGGCUAUUGAGUUUGCCGAAGAGCAUCCAGAAGCCGAGGUUAUUGGAGUUGAUCUUUCUCCAGUGCAAACCACUUUUAUCCCGCCCAAUUGCAGAUUCGAAAUCGACGACAUUGAGCAGCCGUGGUCAUACACUCAACCGUUCGACUACAUCCACAUCCGUGGCAUGACUUCUAGUAUCUCUGACUGGCCUGACUUCUUCAAGAAGAUGUACAAUGGACUUGCACCUGGAGGAUACAUUGAGCUGUUUGAAGGCCAUGCUCACACCCAGUCCGAUGAUGGAUCCCUAACGCCAGACCAUGCAUGGUCGAAAUGCUGGGAUCUGCUCAGUAAAUCUAGUGAGAUUCUCGGCCGCCCAUUCGUCCAUGUCCCUUCGCUUGCUCCCAUGUUGGAAGAGGCUGGCUUUGUGGACGUGGCAAUCGUCCCGUACAAGUGGCCUAUCGGUCCUUGGGCCAAAGAUCCACAUUACAAGCUGCUUGGAGAAUGGGCUCACAGAAAUGCCGCAGAAGGUCUUGAAGCCUGGUUGAUGGCUGCACUCACGAGAGCUCUUGAAUGGACCAGUGAAGAGGUCCAGGUCAUGCUGGUCGAUGUUCGAAAGGACCUGAACAACAGGAACAUACAUCAUUACUGUCCCUUGUGA